UUCAAUGGUACUAUUUGAUCACCCAAUGGUACUAUUGAUCACUCAAUGGUACUACUCUAAAGUCAGAAUAUACAUUACGUGUAAUUACGCCUUUACCUCUCGUUAUACAAUUGUUUAUGCAUAACAAUACUCCCUUUAAGCUCCCUCCACUAGCUAAUUUUACUCGAUUCCCAAUUCCCAAGAAAAAAAAAAAUUUGGAGUUAUUUUAACACCUCCACGUUACGUUGCAUGCAUGCAAAAAUCAACAACACUCUUACACGUAUACUUACAAACUGCCACAUUACACUUUGAAACCGCCACUUAUCAACAACUAACUAACCAAUUCUAACCACAAAACCCUAAUUAAAUAGAAAACAAAAUCCAAUUUUGCUACCUUCAACCAAAAAACCAAGCAAAAAUAAUAUAGCAUAAAUAACAUGGUAAUAAUAAAGAGCUCAACAUCAUGCGUUACAAUAUCAUUAUUAAUCGUUACACUAAAUUAUAUCGCAGUUGUUAAAGCUCAAAACUAUAGUAAUUCACAUAAUAAUUAUAUCUACCAAGUUACGGAAGAUAGGAAUUUAGUAGGAGUUGAAGGUAAGUUUGUGAGUUUUAUGCGUGAACAUGGGAAGGAGUAUAGUACAAGGGAAGAGUAUGUCAAGCGGUUGGCGAUUUUUUCGAAGAAUUUGGUCCGGGCCGCGGAGCAUCAGGUGUUGGACCCCUCGGCGGUCCAUGGGGUUACGCCGUUUAUGGACUUGUCUCCCGAGGAGUUUGAAACCGCGUUCAUGGGCUUAAAGCCCAAUUUUGAUCAUCAUAGUGGUUGGGGUGCAAAUGGGGCCUCCGCUGAUGCGGUGGCCCCUAGGUUGGAUGUUCGUGGGUUACCUAAGAGUUUUGAUUGGAGGGAAAAAGGGGCUGUUACUGAUGUCAAGAUGCAGGGAACGUGUGGAUCGUGUUGGGCUUUUAGCACAACUGGAGUUAUUGAAGGAGCUAAUUUUAUUGCAACAGGCAAGCUUUUAAGUCUCAGUGAACAACAGCUUGUGGAUUGUGAUCAUAAGUGUGACGCGAGCAAGAAAACCGAGUGUGACAGUGGGUGUCGUGGGGGUCUUAUGACCAAUGCCUAUAACUAUUUAAUGGAGGCAGGAGGCCUUGAAGAGGAAAAAUCUUACCCUUAUAAUGGCAAGCAGGGCAAAUGCCAAUUUGACCCUGACAAGGUGGCCGUCAAAGUCGAAAACUUUAGCACCAUCCCGGUUGAUGAAGAACAGAUUGCAGCUUAUCUCGUUCAUCACGGUCCUCUUGCAGUUGGAUUAAACGCUGUGUUCAUGCAAACAUACAUUGGUGGAGUAUCGUGUCCCUUGAUAUGUGGUAAGCGAAUGAUAAACCAUGGUGUUUUGCUUGUUGGUUAUGGGGCAAAGGGCUACUCCAUUCUGAGGUUCGGCUACAAACCUUACUGGAUCAUCAAAAACUCAUGGGGUACAAAAUGGGGUGAAGAUGGAUACUAUAAACUGUGCAGGGGCCAUGGUAUGUGCGGGAUGAAUACAAUGGUGUCCGCGGUUGUGACUGGAGCCUAGUAUUAAUAUGUAACCAUUUGUCACUCUAUUUUACUAGCUCGAAUGAUCGAAACAAAAGUAUGCAGCAAGCUAAGCAUGGUUUACGGCUGUCAUAAUUAGUUCCAGUAGAUUACAUUUCCUUUCACAUAAUGGUGCUAGUUGUAACUUGUAAUAUAAGUGCAGUUUUUGCUGCAUCGUUUUUUCU